AUACAAAGUCCACUCGCUAUCGCAUAACAGCAACCCCAGUUAGGCGUAAGACAGGGAGAGCAGUCUCCCUCCAUCCAUUUACUGUAAAGAUGCGCGUCCUCGCCGUGGUAGCCGCGGUGUUGUUCCAGUCGUGCCUGUCUCGCUGCUCAGACGAUGGCUACGUCCCCUUGGUGAAGCAGCAGUACGCGGAGAAGAUCAACAACCAGAUCCGGGCCCAGAUCACCAUGGAGCUCCAGGCUAGCUAUCUCUACCAGGCCUAUGCGUCCUACUUCGACAGAGCUGACGUGGCGCUGCCUGGUUUCAAGAAGUUCUUCCUCCAGGCGUCCAAGGAGGAGAAGGAGCAUGCUCAGAUCCUCAUCGAUUACGUCAACAAGCGAGGGGGUUCGCUGCAGUUUGGUGACAUCAAGCUGCUGGACGUGUGCGAAACUAUCAAGGACCUUUCUAAGACAGUGGACCUGAGCCGCAGAAGACAACAGACAUGUAUUUGCUACUUCGUGAGCCAGAAGAGACAGAUGCUGAAGACGAAGCCAGACCCUUCCUGCAUGAACCCCCGCAGUGACUGGAGGCACGGCCUGAUGGCGAUGGAAGACGCCCUGCUUAUUGAGAGAAAAGUCAACUCUGAACUCCUUGAUCUUCACGAUAUCGCUUCAUCAGGACCAACAAAAGACCCCCAUCUGACACACACCUUGGAGCACAUCUACCUCGAGGAACAGGUGGAAUCCAUUAAGAAGUUCGGAGACUACGUCGCCCAACUCUCCAGAUUCACUGACGACUACCGUCUCGGCGAAUACAUCUUCGACAAGUCGCUGCAGUAACAGUAUAUCCUGUGAUCGGGCUAAUAAAAAAAAAAAGCUUCUCUGAUGAAUGCCAUGCCCAUGCAAAGUAAUCUGUAUUGUCAUUCUUGUAGGAGUGGGUGUUAUUAUAUCUGAAUAAAAUUUUAGAAUUUGG